GCAAUGGAUUUUCGAACGCGCAGAGCGGCGCGAGACGGGGAGACGCGAAGAGGCGGGAAGCUUUUGCCAUCACGUCACCGACCGGAGUGUAAAUCAGCGUUUUGCCAGCGCGCAACACUCUACACUCUAAAUUCAACACCCUACACUCUAGUGUAAACUGAACAGUCGAAGCUCUUCUUUUUUUAAAACCAAGUAACUGGACUCGUUACAUCAAGUCAACCGACCGCCUGUGUCUGUCCGUUUAAGGAUGUCCGUCAGGGACAGAUGGAGGCUCUACAAAAGAGUGUGCCUGAUGUUCCUCCUGACUGUGGUGACCCUCACUGUAGUCCACAGGGGCAAUGUGGGCAGCGGAGCGCAGCUUCAUCUGAACAAGUACAGCCGGCAGGGGGCCGCAGCCGAAAGACUCUCUCAGAGGAAAGGUCUCUACGGGGGACCCGAGAGGUUCUGGAAGGUCAGGAGGCACAGCCCACAGGCGACCACCGAAGAGCUCAGUGUGACGGAGUACAGCGGACCAAGCGUGUGGGACGUCACCAUCUCCAACUGCACCGCGAACAACAACUUCACCUCCAGCGAGUGGUUUGCAGGCCUGGAGAGCAACUUCAAGCAGUUCCUGCUCUACAGGCACUGCAGGUAUUUUCCUAUCAUCAUUAACCAUCCGGAGAAGUGCGAUGGAGAGAUCUACCUCCUAAUUGUGAUUAAGUCCAUCAUAACCCAGCACGAUCGGAGGGAAGUGAUUCGGAAGACGUGGGGGAAGGAGCAGGAGAUCGGCGGGAAGAAGGUCAAGACCCUUUUCCUCCUUGGGGUAUCUUCCAACGAGGCGGAGAAAGCCAACCACCAGAAGCUGCUGGAAUACGAAGACUACAUCUAUGGAGAUAUCCUGCAGUGGGACUUUAUGGAUAGCUUCUUCAACCUCACCCUCAAAGAGACACACUUCCUCAAGUGGUUCUCAACGUACUGCUCUAAGGUGCGCUACAUAUUUAAGGGUGACGACGACGUUUUUGUGAGCGUGCAGAACGUCUUGGAGUUUCUGAGCAGCACGCAGGGCGACAGCCUCUUUGUCGGAGACGUGAUCUUCAAGGCCAGGCCCAUAAGAAAGAAAGAGAACAAAUAUUACAUCCCACAGGCACUGUACAAUAAGACACACUACCCACCCUACGCAGGUGGGGGCGGUUUCCUGAUGGCUGGCCCUCUGGCUAGGAAGCUAUAUGGCGCCUGCGAAACCUUGGACCUGUACCCCAUUGACGACGUCUUCCUGGGCAUGUGCCUUGAGGUGCUCCAGGUCACGCCAAUAAAGCAUAAUGCCUUCAAGACUUUUGGCCUUGUGAAGAAUAAGGCCAGCAAACUGAAUAAAGAGCCCUGCUUCUUUAAAAGCAUGAUAGUGGUUCAUAAACUGCUCCCGCCAGAUCUUAUCGCCAUGUGGGAUCUGGUCAACAGUGACCUUGUCUGCUCACAGAAAGCGCAGUUCUUAUAGCUCAAGGACAAGCAGCUGCAUGGAGAGCACUACGAGGCCAGCGGAGCGAGGGGUGCGUAAACGGGAGCUUUGAGCGGACUCGGACGUGUACUCCUUUUCUUGGAGAGGACUGGAACGGUUUUAAAAGUGCUUUUUAUUUUUUAUUUUUGUCUAUCAUGUUUUUUUGGGCGGUGGGGGGGAGGAUCAUGGAUCGAGUACUAACGAGGCUCACAAGUGACCUAACGAACGAUUCCGCUGAUGCCGAAUACUCACUGACCAUUGAGUGUUACGUUUAUUUUAACUAAUAAUACAUUGAAGUUCCCCACACACCUGCACUUGCUGUGCUGCAGGACAGUAUCACUUUGGACCAAGAAUGAACUUCCAAAAGCCCUUGAUGGUGAUACAGUAGUAUCACAGCCCACGCACAGCUUUUCUACCUCAUAGGUGUUGACAAGGGUGUUUUUCUCACUUUAAAUACAUUGUUUUGUUUAAUUAUCCCAUUUACCCAUAAAUCAUGCUGUAAUUAAAUUCAAUUUUUUUAAAGCUGCGAAACACAUCAUUGAAGGACAUGCCGAUACGGGGUGAGAGCUCAUCGUUGAAGCUUAAAGCUGCUCUGGGCUUCCUGCAGAGAACACACUGUAACUUAAAUGCUGUUCCAAUGCAUUAGGAAACAUCUGUAUAUUUAAGUAUACAGAUACUAUAGUAUAUGAAGUUGUUUAACAAUAGACUGAAAAUGGUGUG